AUCAACUUUAUGUGUUGUAUUGAAUGAGUGUCCAACCAGAGAGCUUUCCCUUUAUUAAGGAGCCUCUCCUCCCAUCCCAGGCAUUAUCAGCAAUCCAUAUCAUAGCUUCUUUUUCUCUGUCUGUACUCUCCCCUCCAUAUAGAGAAAGAAGAAGAACUCAUCCCUCUCUCCGUCUCCCCAUUGAACGUUCCUUCAUCUCUCUCUUAUUUGCGCUGAGCAAAUGGCAAUGCCUUCGAGGCACUACGCCAUCCUCACCGCUAUGGCGGUCCUGUUUGCGGCCGCUGCAGACUACCGUUACUGCGUAUUGGGUGCUUCCUCGCCACACGCUCCGGCCCCGGCAGUAGACUGCUCGAGCCUGGUGCUGACAAUGGCAGACUGCCUGUCAUUCGUUUCGAAUGGGAGCACGGUGGAUAAGCCGGAGGGGACGUGCUGCUCAGGGCUGAAGACGGUGCUGAAGACCAACGCCGAGUGCCUGUGCGAGGCCUUCCGCAGCAGCGCCCAGCUCGGCGUCAUCCUCAACGUGACCAAGGCCCUCGCACUGCCCUCCGCCUGCAAGGUUCCUGCUGCCUCCGCCAAGAGAUGCGACCUGUCGAUCGCACCAGCUUCUUCUCCCGUCCUUGCCCCAGAAUCUUCUCCAGCAGCGGAUUCCAGUGCUGCGCCUGCCACAAGUGAACCGGCAGCAGCAAGUGACGAGGUCUCGGCUCCAGUUCCAGCCCCGUCUCAAGGAACUUCAGGUUCAUCUGGGAUUAUUGCUUCGUUUGGGCUGCUAUCAUCCUCUCUAGCAAUUUCCCUGCUCUUGUUCUGAGCUGAGUUUGAUGUUAAUUCAAUUUGGAGAGCUGGGGAAGGAUGAAGAACAAUUUGAGAGGAUGCUACUCUGAUGAGACGCUGAUAUAUUUCUUUUUCUUUCUUGAGGAUGUCUGGUUGGUUAGAGAAGGAAUUGAAUGUUUUUUUUCAUAUUAUUCUUCUUGGUUGUGAUCGAGGUAGGAAAUACUUGGUGUCCUGAUUGAGAACAUCAUGUUUAUGUUUGUUGACAUUAUUUUUUCUUACACAUGUCGGUCUCAUUAA